GAGAAGGGUGGGGGUGGGGGGUGGUGCACUUCCCCCUGUGCAUGUUUAAACAGGAAACAAACGCAGCCUUCUUCAUUUCGUCCUCCGUGGGCUCAGGGAGGUGUUUUGAGGCUCGGAUACAAUGUGGAAGCGUCUCAUAUUCCUCCUGGUGGUUCUUCUCUGUGUGAGGGGCUCUGACCUGGGGACAGGGGAGAAAAAAAGCAGAGGGGCGGUCGUGUUGCCCAGAACGUUUCAAGGGGAACUGAACACGAUCCAUCAGCCCCGCUUCUUCUCCUCAGAGCUCAAUGGGACUGGAGCCCCCGCUCCGCCCCAGUCCCCGCCGGAGCUGUGGUUGCUAAGCAACGGCACAGCCGAGUACCUCCGCGGCCGCCUGAGCACGCGGGUCAUCCCCACCGUCUACCUGCUGCUCGCCGCCGCGGGGAUCCCGGCCAACGUCGCCCUCCUGAGCUCGCUGGCCUCGAAGGUGCGGAGGGCGUCCUCCGCCAUCCUCUACUGCAGCCUGGCCACGUCCGACCUGCUCCUCCUCCUCUCCCUCUUCCUCAAGGCCCACUACCACUUCCACGGGAACCACUGGGGGCUCGGGGAGGCCGCCUGUCGGGUGGUCACGGCCUGUUUCUACGGCAACCUCUACUGCUCCGCCCAGACGCUGGCCUGCAUCGCGGUCAACCGCUACCUGGCCGUGGUGCACCCGUUCACCUACAAGGGCCUCCCCAAGAGGGCCUUGGCGGCCUGGGUCAGCGUGGCCGUGUGGGGGGUGUUCGGCGCCGCCGCCGCCGUCCCCGAGCUGCUCGUCCAGCAGAGCUACCGGCUCCCCGAGGUGGGGCGCGUCACCUGCCACGACGUGCUGCCCCUGCGCCAGCGCUCCCACGGCUUCCUGCUCUACUACAACCUGUUCCUGGCCGCCGUCGGCCUGCUGGCCCCCCUGCUGGUCACGGCGGCGUGCUACGCCCGCAUCGUGUGCGAGCUCAAGCGGUCGCACCACGACUGGUCGGUGUACGUGAGGGCCAGCUCGCUGGUGUUCCUCAUCUUCGCGCUGUGCUUCGCCCCCGCCGGCGUCCUGCACCUGCUGCACCACCUGCAGCUGUCUGUGCACGGGACGGAGGGCCUGUACGUGCACUUUAACGUGGCGGCGUGUCUGUGCUGCCUCCACGCCUGCCUGGACCCGCUCCUCUUCGUCCUCAUGUCCAAGUCUGCAGGCUCGUCCAGCAGAGCUACCAUCAUAGUGAACCAAAAAUCAAAAAUGCUCUUAAAGACUAUAUAUUCUGAGCGCACUUUGUGUUAAGUGCCCUUUCAUUGCUGUUGCUAGACAGAUUGAAACAGGUCCGUAUGACUGCAGGACAGAAUACUCCUGUCACAAAUAAACCUUGUCA